AUAAAUUUAGGACGCUUUCACACACGCCGGUAUACUUCGGCCAGAAAUAUAGUGUUUUAGCAACCGAUCCCGUGAUAAACGUUGCACCCUGUUUAUUUACUCCAAUAAUGUCAUUUUAUUUCUACAUAGCAUCAUUUUUAAUAUACACAAUAUUAAAUAUAAUAGUAAUAAAGUAUCGGUCACUUAAAAAAUCGUCACUAUCGCUACUGUCGCCACCUAGUUCAAUGAUCAACUCCACCACUAAUCGUUCUCGAUAAAUAUUGUCUUCCUCUAUAUUUGCUUUUUUCACAGUUAGACUAGCUUUGUACUCAUAUUUUAGCUACCUUUUGCCAAAUUACGUUUAUCCACUUAGACCGACUUAAAUAUAAAAUGAUUUUGUAGUCUUUAUUAAAAUAUUUUGUUUUUUAAUAAUUCCAGAAGUUGUGUUUUUCGUGUAUUUCUCUCCAAAAUAUAAAUCAUUUUCGUACAGAAAUUCUUUAAUUUCUUCUUUAUUUGAAGAAGAAUUUUUCUAAUUUGGACUGAAUCAUACCAGGUAUUAUCCAACACAAUUAUAGUUUUUGGCGAUAGUUUUGGCAACAGUUUAUUUUCAAACCAGUCCUCAAAUAUUUCCGCGGUCAUGUUUUCAUGGUAAUCCACACUUGCUUUGACGUUUUUGGCAGACAAAAAUAAAGCAUCUUUCACCCAACCAUUUUUGGACCCAGCAUGAAGAAUUAUGUGUUUUUCAUGUGAAGGCGGCACAUACUUGUUACUGUUAUCACCCCAUCCUUUUACUAUCGUCAGUGUCGAACCACGCCUUUAAAUAAUCCACCCUCCAUUGCGAAAUUCUUUGAGAUUGUAUUAGUGCUUGACGUUCAUUAAUUGUUCAGAACUGAAAAUCCAUUUUCUUCAAAAAAAUAUGCAACGACUCUUUGGCACAAUUUUCCUGAGGUAGUUCGUCUUCUAAAUUGUCAUCAGGUUCUACUACCAUUUCUGCCUGGUUUUCCAUGUCUUCUUCUAACAGGGGAACAUCUGCUUCUUUCCACGGUCUCCACAUUUUAAAGUGUUAAACAGGAACUUUCAAAAAAUGUUUAAUUGUAAGAUUCUAAUAAAUAUCUAUCUGAAUUCUUAUGACGUACCUUUAUCUACCGCGAACUAUCCAGUAAAAACAGCCUCGCAAGGUCAAAGCUCGAGAAUCAGGUAAAGUCUGUUCAUAGAUAUAAGAAAGUGACUAACUGAUACGAGUUACAAUUCUCUGUUAAUAUUAUUUAUAGAAUCUUUAAAAAAAGUGGUGAAGCAAGAAAAAUGUUUAUCAUGAUAACUUAACAUUCUUGGUGACAGUAGUACAACCAGCAUUCCAGUUUAGAUGAUUCUCAACAUGUUCAACCGUUAAAAGAAAAUGAAUUAGAAGAAGUCACUGAUAAAAGACAAGUGACAAUGAUACAGCACAAAGGGCCCCUAAAAGAGGUCGUUUACAAGAAGACGUCGAUAUACGCCUCUAGAAAAUCAACCAGACGAGGACAACACUUUUUUUUUGGUACAAAAACUGACAGAUGAGGUGAAAUUGGAGUUUCGAAUGAAUGUAUUGCAAUUGAUACAAAAUAUCAACACACGAAAACGUCAACCAUCAACAUUUAUUACAUGCGAUUCUGAACCAAGUUCAUCAUCGUCUUCUCGUCCUUGGACAUUUUAAUCACACCACUCUUUUCAUCAUGAUAUUAAUAAUAAUAAGAGUGUUAAUACCCAGCACUCAACUUCACAUCAAUUUAAUCAACAAGGCAAUUCACAACACUUCCUUCGACUAUAUAUGAGUUUAUGUAAUAAUAAUCGUUUAAUAACAAAUAUCUUUAUUUACUUACCUUAUUGUGACUGAAAUCAUUUCUUUGGGGGAAGUAGAUAUACUCCUACGAAAAUAUUUGUCUUUGGUUAUACCUUCCAAGUAUCUGACAGUUAAGAAGGAAUGUACUGAAAAUCCUUUUUCUUUUAUGAUAUUUCUUUCUUGGGUACAACAAGCCAAAAAUAUAUCGUCCGUUGCAAACAUACAGUUUUCUUUUAGGACAUAGAAAUAACUAACAAAAUUAUACCGACGUGUGUGAACGCAGCCUUACGGUCGUUUCUGUGGUCCGUGCGCGGCCCCGCGUGACGUCACACCCUCGGCUGUCAAUUUCUUUGAACGUCGCGUCAUUUUUCAGGCCAUGGCCAAAAUCGAGUUCGGCUACAAUGAUAAGCUGUCGUUUCUCGCCGAAUGGCUCGACCACGAGGUGUCGUACCAGAAGAGGUUUACGUUAAAUUUCUACCCGUGCGACGGUACGGUCGAAUUGUUCGACCGCGACUUGAACCGGACUUAUCUGCGGAGAACGAAGUUGGACGUGUCGCUAAAGGAACUGUUUACGGGCGGCACGGUGCGCGUCUACGGGCGUCAAAUCAAAAUCACAGACUACGCGGACCAGAGGACGCGUAAAUUCGUCGGCAAAACCAAAGAGCACACCGUGGCCGUGGUUAAACCUAACCUAGUCGCGAAACUGGGCGAGAUCGUCGCGGAAAUUGAAAAACGCGGCUUUCAAAUAUGCAACGCGAGGAUGUGCCGGCUGACCAGGAAAGAGGUGCUCGAUCUGUACGAGCCGAUGAAAGGUGACGGCACGUUGGCGCCGGUACUCGAACAUUUAGUGUCCGAUCCGAUCGUCGCGUUGGAACUAGUCGGCGAGAGUGCGGUGGACAAGUGGCUCGAAGCGUUGGGCCCGGCAGACCCUUCGGAAGCGCGUAAAUUAGCCCCGGGUAGCCUUAGAGCGGUUUACGGCGGGGACGGCGAGAUAACAAACGGACUUGACGGAUCCCGCGACGCGGCGAACGCGAUUAGGGAGGCUGCGUUCUUUUUCCCGAAGGACAAGCCGCGUCCGGGUUCGGGUGCCGACGUUUCGGGACAAAACACGACGUGUUGCGUGGUCAAGCCACACGCGGUCCUCGAAGGCAAGCUCGGGUACAUAAUUUCCGCGAUAAGUGAGGUUAGGUUUCGUAUAGCGGCCCUCGAGAUGUUUCGCUUGAGCGCCGCGAACGCGGACGACUUCCUCGAGGUGUACAAGGGCGUGGUGACCGAUUACCACGCGCUGGUGUUGAGUUUCGUAGACGGUCCUUGCGUCGCGUUGGAGAUUGCCGGCGACGGCGACGACGUCCACGGCGAUUUUAGGAGGUUUUGCGGCCCGUCCGAUUCGGAUAUUGCGAGACAGAUCAGGCCGUGCACGCUGAGGGCGCGGUUCGGCCGCGACAAGUACAAGAACGCUGUCCACUGUACGGAUUUGAAGGAAGACGCGCGCCUCGAGGUCGAAUUUUUUUUUAAAAUAUUGAAAGAGUGAUUUUUUUUCUCCUCCGCACAGCGCAGGCGUGUUUCCUGUUAAGGUGCAAGCGUGAUUUUUUCCGGAGAUGAUUGAUUUUUAUCUAUUUUUAAUUUUUAUACCAAAAAUUGGAAAACUUUUAUUCCCUAGGGCACAGAAUAAAAACAUUUCAUAAUUUUGGUAGUUACGUGUUUCCUUUCAUAUAUCAAGAAGCUUGAAAGUGGAAGAAGCGCCCUAUUUUACGAGGUUAGCGCCAGAAUUUCCCGGUCUGACAUAGAUGCAGCUCCAGUAUCAAGAUAAAACUUUGUCUUCUUUUAAAUAUAUAUCUUAGUAGGCUGCGAAAAAAAAUGAAGUCUUGGGUCAAAUAGUUUUUUAUUGACAGCAUUUUAAACAGGACGUGUCCGAAAAAAUGUCGCAAAUAACGCAAAUUGUGUUUUUGACAAAAGAAGAGUUAGCACCUAAAAUUAUUAAAGAAAGGCUGGAUAGUGUGUACGGCCAAAGUUCUCCUUCGUAUUCUGUAGUGAAAGAAUGGGCAAAACGUUUUCGAAUGGGGUAGGAGUCCCUUGAAGAUGAUUCAAGAACUGGUCGACCAGUGGAGGGUCAUAACGGAAGAUAUUGUUUGCGAUUGUGGAAGAGGUGGUAUUGAGUGAUCGACGUUUAAAGGUCAAGGAAAUCUCAGAAAUUACUAAGCUUUCUGAAACAAGUGUUCGUCGAAUCCUGCAUGAUCAUUUAGGUAUGCAUAAGGUUAGUGCAAGCUGGGUUUAUAAAAACCUUUCGGCUAUUCAAAAACAACGCCGUGUCGAGUGUGCGCGGUCUUUUUUGGAACUGUGGGUCGGAAUCGAAGCCUAUGAUAGAAACUAUUGUGACGGGUGAUGAAACUACGUUUCUCUAUUAUGACCCUCUAUCGAAAAAAGAAUUAAUGGAGUGGCGUCGUAAGGGCGAAGCACCUCCAAGAAAAUUCAGAGUCUGCCAGUCAACAAAAAAGGUGAUGGCCACGAUCUUUUGGUAUUGUGAAGGAAUUCUUUUGAUAGAUUUUAAAGAAACUAAUACCACUGUCAAUGGUAAAUAUUACGCAACAUUAUUACAUAAAUUGCGAGACUGCAUACGUGUAAAAAGUCGAUGAAAACUGACCGGAGCUGCCAUUUAGAAUGUGGUUCCAACCGAUAGAUCAUCCUAUAUAGUCCAGAUAUGGCCCCAGCGACUAUUAUUUGUUUGGAUAUUUGAAAAAGGACAUACGUGGCCGGCGGUUUAAUGACGAAGGUGAGUUAAAAGAGGCCGUUUUAGCUCAUUUUGCAAACAAACUAGGCCGGGAAAUUAUGGCGCUACCCUCGUAAAUGUAAUCGCCUUCUAACUUUUUUAUUUUUCUGUAAUGUUAUUUACAAAACUUCUGGAUUCCACCGAGUCGAACUUGCUGAGGUUUCGCCAAUCAUCCUGUUGGCUUUUUGAGAGCCUUAAGGAAACUGACUCGGGAGGAAUCCAGAAGUUUUGUAAAAAGUUUUUUAUUUUAAAGAAAAGAAAUACAAACAUAUGCACAAAAAGCAGUUUUUACGACAAAAACCUGAAAUGUUGCGAAUAUGAGCUACCUAUGUAAAAUAUUUUUGGUCAUGCGGUGUUGCCAGAUAUACUCGUAACGUAUUUCAACUUUCGUUUUUUAAAUGGAACACGAUGUAUAUAUUUUUUUCUGCGAUUCAGCGAAACAUUCUGGAACUUGGGCAUUUUCGGAGAUAAAAAAUACUUUUUAAGAAAUUAAACAAUUUUUUCGCAAGCCGUACAGCUAAACACUUGAAUUUUUCGUUGCGGUUUCCUAUUAAAUUGGUCUUUCUACUCCCGUCUGUAAAAUACCUAAUUACACACCGAUCUAGCGUGCGGGAAGCGUCACUUUCUAAAAGAACAAUUUUCGGGGUCUUUUAGAUUUUUGUCUAUAACUAAAACACCUUGUAUAUAAUCGAAAAAAUGGGUAAAACAAAAGUUAUAGCGUCGGGUCUGCCACGUAUACCGGAUAUAAAAUUUUUCGGAUUGGAUGAAUGGCUUUGGAGGAGAAGAUGUUUUUCUGGACGCCAAAAUAACCACAAAAAAAAUCAAAAAUUAAACAAAAAACUGUCUGAAGUCGGUAGCUGCAAAUUUGGAGUACUUAUUAUGUUUUUUAAUAAUGCACAGAAUAUCGCGAACACCAGGUACAAUACUAAAAACCGUAAAUACAAAAGUUUAAGUUUAAGAAACUGACAUCUAAAAUACAGAUUUGAAAUUAUUGCCAAUUUUCAAUAAUUCAAAAAUGGUCUUUUUUGUAGAC